AGACGUGCAUCAAAAAAUGGAAAUAAAAGCAAGACCCAGACUUGAUUAUCGUGGAAAACUUAUUCUUGCUCCGAUGGUUAAAAUCGGCACACUCCCUACUCGUAUACUAGCGCUUGAAUACGGGGCGGAUAUAGUCUACACAGAGGAGUUAAUCGAUUGGAGACUUUUAAAUUCAAACAGGGUAGUGAAUGAUCUACUAGGAACAAUAGAUUACAUUGAUAAAACUGAUAACAGUCUGGUUUUUAGAACUUGUGAGCGUGAGCGAGGGCACCUGGUGUUACAAAUUGGAACUUCCAACGGGGACCGAGCAGCGCAGGUUGCCAAGAAAAUGGAACAAGAUAUUGAUGGGAUAGACGUGAAUAUGGGGUGUCCGAAAAGUUUCUCGUUAAAGGGUGGAAUGGGGGCUGCUCUACUAUCUCAUCCUGAUAAGAUAGUUGAUAUACUAAGCAAAUUGAAGGCUGCAGUUAGUAUACCGGUAACUUGUAAAAUAAGACUGCUUUCAACUGUUGAGAAAACUAUAGAUUUAGUGAAAAUCAUAGAAAAGACUGGAAUUGACGCUAUAGGAGUUCACGGACGAACCAAAGACCAACGACCUAACCAUGCCAAUAAUACAGAUGCCAUCAGGAUAAUAGCUGAAAAUACUAGCUUAACUGUGAUAGCUAAUGGAGGAUCAAGCAAUAAUAGAAAUAGUGCAGAAAAUACAUAUAAAGGAAUCAAAGAUUUUUGGGAGCGAAGUGGAGCAUCAAGUGUCAUGAUUGCUCGAGCUGCGGAGUGGAACCUCUCAGUUUUCAGGGCUGAAGAGAAGGAUGAUAUAAUGGUUGUUAUUGAUAAAUACCUCGAUCUUGCAAUCCAUUAUGAUUAUCCGUUUGUCAUGGUCAAAUACUGUGUUCAACAAAUGAUGGGAUCUUUACAGGAUACUCCACAGGGACGUGAUUUCCUUGAAUCCUCGACUAUGGGAGAUCUUUGUAAAGUUUUUGGAGUAGAAGAAAAAUACAGGCUUAAGCAAAAGGAACUUGGGAUGGGGGAUAGACCAGAUCAUGUUUAUGCUGUUAGAAUGAAGAAGGAAGGGGAGAGUGGGACGAGAAAGCGAAAAAGCGGAGAUGAUGAAAUAACAGAGAUGUUUUGCCCGUUCGUCCGGGGUCAUUAUGGUCCAGACAAUAGCCCAAAUUUGCCCAAGAGUAAAUUGCUUGUCUACACAAGGCAACAGGACUGGGAAAAUCCAUCUUACAAGGUGUUUCAAGAAGACAAAAAAUUUCGAUCCAUCGUAAAUGUGAAUGGAGAAUUUUACAGUUCUAUAUCUUGGGAGAAAAAUAAAAGAUAUGCGGAACAAGCAGCUGCGUUGGUGGCAACCAUUUGCCUGGGAAUAACGGAACAAAAUCUGGCACACCAAACCAUACCAGUUCAGACUCCUUCUAACCAAACCAUACCAGUUCAGACUCCUUCUAACCAAACCAUACCAGACCAGAGUCCUUUAAAUCAAACCAUACAAGACCAAACCCCUUCAAAUCAAACCAUACCAGACCAGACUCCUUCAAACCAAACUAUACCAGAUAAGAUCCUACCAAUCACUCAAAUCCAAACUUUAUCUGACCUAAACUCUUCUAAUCAAUGCAAAGAAGAACUUUGUCCAGAAAACACUUUACAACACCAAGAUCAUUCAUAAGGAAAUGUUCCCAUUCUUUAUACUUUUUCUUUAAAAACUAUGACAGUUAAUUGCUAAAAUUAUAUUAUAAAUAUUAUUUCAGAAAAAAAAAUAUUC